UGAGAAGAGUGGAAGUAGUGGGGGAAGGGUGAGUCACAAAAUGCCAAGUUCAGAUUCAUUUUUGAGGCAGUUAAGUGGAAGAGAGGGUUGGAAAUCAACAUCCAAGAGGUGGGGUACUGGUGGUGGUUUGAAGCAAAUGGAAGGGCUGAACAUGUAUUAUGGGAAUGGUGGUGGAGGUGAUCAGAAUGGUGGUGGUGGUGGUAUGAUGAUGAGGAAGAGAGUGAUGGUGGUGGUGGAUCAGAGCUCACAUUCAAAGCAUGCAAUGAUGUGGGCACUCACACAUGUCACCAACAAGGGUGAUCUCCUCACUCUCCUUCACAUUAUCCCCCCUCCUUCCUCUGAGAGGCCUUCUGACUCCUCCUCCUCCUCCACCUCUCCUUACCUUGCUAGCUCUCUUGGCUCUCUUUGCAAGGCUUGUAAACCUGAGGUGGAAGUAGAAGCAUUGGUGAUACGAAGUCCAAACUUGAACUUGGGCUUUUUGUACAAGAAAAGCAAUUGUCAAAAUUGACCUGACCAACUUUGG